AUGUCAGUCAAGAGUUGUCCAGACAAUACGAUCAACAAACUGGGUACUUACUUCUCCAUACCUGAGUCAAAUUCCUAUCAAGUUUUAAUACACCCGCAGAAUCUUGCUGAAUGGCCAGCAAUUAAGAUCAGAGAACUACAUUUCAAAUAUUCUGACUUUAGUAGCAACUACACCCUAUAG